AUGAUCAAAUUAAUUCACGUUACGCUCCUCGCGGUCAUCCUCCAUCACAAUGUCGAUUGUAAGAGAACUAAAAGUAAAAAGUUGACAAGUGACACCGAAUCCACGCCCAAGCCAAAUGUGCUAACGUAUUCCACCUUCGGAUUCAACGACGUUGGAUCGUACGAUGGCUUCGUCCCCACCUCUCCAGACUACGCUACCUUCCUCCAAGGUAACAAACAGGAAUCUUCCACUAGGCUAUACGCACCGGCGUUCCCAUCCAAUUUGGAUAGUUCAGGAUUCGCUGAGAACUAUGGCUCGUCUGCAGAUGACCAGGCAGCACAACCGGACGAACAAUUACAAGCAAGUAUGACAAAAUAUCAGCCAGGGAAUUUAAAUUUCUUCACUUCACCCAGCUUCGACGGUGUCAACGAACCCAGUAUGAACAAAUUCAUUUCUGACUCUUCAUAUGAACACAUAGACAGUGACAUAAACUCGCAAAUUUACGGGGCCAAACUUAAUGCAAAACAAAGAAACAAAUUACUCAACGAGUUAAAUAAUUCUGAAUUUAACGUCUCAAAAGACGAUAUCUCUAAUGUAAACGCCGAAGCGUAUAUCAGAAGUCAUGGCAAGUAUACUGAUAAACAACUUUACAGUGACGUAAACAACAACUAUCCACCAUUGCAAAAGUACACCACGACGACAGUGGUACCGGCUGAAUAUGAAAACGGUAAUUUUAAAACACCAGUUUCGGCCAGCGCUAUCAAGUUUCCUAGGGUAAUUGACUUUACUAAUAUACAAAACCCAUAUACCCCCAAUAAUAUUAACAAUGUCAAUAAUAAUAAUGACGAUAUAAGUAUAAGGUUCCCUAAUCCGCCCAUCGACACAAAUGCGCUUGCCACGAACCAAUUUAACACAAACACGAAUAAUAACUACUUCGAAAAUGAUGCUAAUAAAAACAAACCAUUUCCACACUUGAAAUAUAACAAUUUCAAUUUGAAAGAGGAUCCUCAAAAGGAUGAAAAGGAUUUAGCGAAAUUUAAUUAUCUAGCUAACCAAGAAUUUUCUCAGAACUACUUCAAUAAUAAGAAUAAAUUAAAAGGCAAGUUUAGCUUUAACUACGACAAAAUGAAGAAACCAUGGGACUUCAAUAAAGACGAAAACGGUAAAAAGAUAAAGAGCUCUGUACGAUACGAAUACACGACAAAUCACAGUACGCCAAUCAAAUAUGAACAUCCGUACAAACGUCCCUUCAACAAUAGCGUUGAUGAAAUAGCGCCAGCUAGUAGCAAUCUAGAUUUCUAUAACUACCAGCAUCCUGAGUCUGAUUACGGGAACUUAAAAAAUUACCCCCACUUAAAACCGUCUUUUAUCGAUAGCGACAACACCGGUUUCGCUAACUAUGCCGAGAAAUUCAAACCCUUAGAUGACUAUCACAGUAUAAAAAAUCACUAUACAACACUCCCCACCGUAACCUCACAUUGGGGUAACAUAUUUAAAACAAGCGAGUUCUCCUCUCACAAAAACCAUAUACGAAAACCGGUGUACGAGGAAGAAACAGACGAAAUCGUACACAUACCGCGGAGGCCAACAAAGGACAUCAAUCCGUUCGGUGACUGGUCCCAACUCGGUUACAAACCAUACACUCACCACAAACACCUAUACGAGUGGCCCAAGGACACUAGGUACAAAACUGAGGAAGAUUUACUGGGUCUCCGAAACCAUGACUUGACGCAUCCCUCCUACCCACCCUUCAAGCCUGACUACCACGAACAAGAGGAGUUUGACUACAAGAAACUUGUUGAUAAGUGGAAACAGAACUAUCUGAAGUCCAAAUACAAGGAUUCCAUCCGCGAAUAUGAAAGUUACGCAUCAGAAACGAAGCCAAUUCACGUGCCAGUGCCGAAACCGUAUCCCAUAGAAGUGCCUCAUCCAGUGAUAGUGCCGGUUCCUCAACCUUAUCCGGUUCACGUUCCGGUGCCGAAACCGGUUGCCGUUCCGGUAAUCCGGGAAAUUAACGUGCCGAUUGAGAAGCCAGUGCCCUAUCCGGUCUACAAAAAGGUCCCAUAUCCGAUAGAGAAGCCGGUACCAGUACCUGUUGAAAAACAGGUACACGUACCUAUAAUGAAACCAUACCCCGUCGCCGUACCACAAGUCAGACCCCUAUUUCAUCACACGCGACCCCAUGAUGAACGGGAUCCUGACUCUGAAGACGAUGACGAGUAUCAACCAAGGCCCGAGGGCAGCAAAAGAAUACCCAACGCAAAACGACCUAAGAAAAGGCAGCAACCUCGACGGCCAUCACGUAUGACGUACCAGGAUCGGGACAAAAGACGCGGGCCACAGCGACGGCCGCCCCCAAGGGAGCAAAGAUACAGACAUUCACAGAAUGAACACCGCAGACCGCAGAGAUACCACGACAAUGACUACGAAGAAUAUGAACCAGACUAUGCGUACUGCAAACGAACUGGAAAUUGCUGA